GUAUCCUUCAUUUAUUUGGCGUGGGCUACGGCCAAACAGUAGCCUGUGUGAAGUUGGGUUUCUGUCUGGACAAUUGUUCCUUUUUAAUAUAGUCAGGUCAUUACAAUACUGGUGACCGGUGGUAGGUGAAAUGCCGCAUGCCAAAAGAUUAUGGGAAAUACAAGUAGGCUAGUGAAUAAAAACCAAGAGUUUGUUGCAUUGUAAAAAAAUAUUUUUUUUUAUAAUCUAGAGAACCCAAUGAGUUGUUAGGGCAAUAGGGUCGCUUGCGCGUUAUGGUCGAGAUGGCUGCUGGAGCCCCGCAAUGUCUUAUCUGUUUGUGCUGUGCUUCAUUUUUGCUUUGAAAAUUCUGUGAUGCUGGUCACUCACUCAUGUCUAGGCGCUGUGAGGGCCAACCAUGUCAGGGCGGAUGAAAACCGCUGCACAACUAUGAAAACUGCGGGCGGAAGUAGCUAGCAGCUGAUGUGUAAAAGCUGCAAAAGAAAAACGGAGCAGGAUAAAAACAACCAAUUUAGUUAGCAAUUUAAGCCGUUAAUUAGUUAGAUUGUCACUUGUUGCUUUGAUGGAUUUUCUUUGAACUUGCUUGCCUUUAAUUUUUUUUGCGAGUAAAUUUAGCGUUUUGCUAACGUUAAGUUAGCCAGUAAGCUUCUUUUUCAUGUUUCCUGGUGACGAGCCACUAGACUGAGUGUUUUGUCAAUUAACCAUAUUUCUGGAUCAUUCAAGACUUAUGUUUUUAUUGAUUUGCAAUGCUGGUAGCUAACUGCCAUGUCUAUUGUUAGCUAACUUCAUGACUGCUAUAGCUCCAGCAGCAGCUGGCACCACUGGCUCCGAAGUGUAAUGACACGGCGGUUGGGCAUAACGUAGCUGGAACUCGCUGAUUUUGCCGCUUGGCAGCGGAAACAUAUUUUCACUCAAACACCCUAGCUACGUUUUCAUUAUACACGACUCUUGUGGUGCACAGAUACGAUGGCAAACAGCACUCGAACGAAGAAUGAGAAUUCCAUCAUGGAAAGCGCAAGCCCCCUGUCCGGGAGGAAAAAGGCAGAACAAUCCCCUGGGUCUCGCUCAAGGUACCCUGUCAGUGCACCCGGACAUUGUUUUAGGAAAGUGACUCUCACCAAGCCAACGUUCUGCCACAACUGCAGUGAUUUCAUAUGGGGUCUUAUCGGUUUCAUUUGUGAAGUAUGUAACUUUAUGUGCCAUGAGAAGUGCCUGAAGACUGUGAGGACUGCGUGUUCAUGUAUGGCCCCGACGCUGGUGCGGAUCCCUGUGGCCCAUUGCUUUGGUCCAGCAGGGCAGAAAAAGAGAUUCUGCUGUGUGUGUCGAAAACAUCUGGAGGGAAACACAGCCAUUCGCUGUGAAGUUUGUGAGCUGCAUGCCCACUCGGAAUGUGCUGCAUUCAGCUGUGGUGACUGUCGUCUCUGCCAUCAGGAUGGGAGUCAGGACUUUGAUACCCUUCACCACCACUGGCGGGAGGGAAACAUCCCCUCAGGUGCACGCUGUGAGGUCUGCCGACGCACCUGUGGCUCCUCGGACGUCCUGGCGGGGAUGCGGUGCGAGUGGUGUGGUAUGACGACACACGCUGCCUGUUAUGUCAUUGUGCCUCCAGAGUGUGGCCUAGGACGUCUACGUAGCAUGCUCCUUCACCCCGCUUGCGUGCGAAUGUGCUCGCGGAACUUCAGCAAGAUGCACUGCUACCGCAUCUCUGAGAGCUGCCAGAAUGACCUGGAUAACCUGGACGAAGUUGACACCCAGAUUCCAGCAACUACAAAGGAGAGCCAGCCGGCAACCACAGCGGAUUCAGGGAAGCAGGUUCUCAAGGUGUUUGAUGGGGACGAUGCAGUCAAGCGCAGCCACUUCCGCUUGGUCUCCAUUCCUCGGAUAACCAAGAAUGAGGAAGUGGUGGAGUCAGCGUUGAGGACCUUCUACAUCCCAGAUGACUCGCUGGACUACGAGCUCCAAGACAACGGCCAGCAGGCUCUACACAGCAAUGACAUCCUCAACCGUAACGGCACCCCUGACGAAAAGGCCAUCUUUAAGGAGAAUGUGCCUGAGGCGUGGCUUCUAAGGGCCAAACCCCAGGACACAGAGGUCCUCAAGGUUUAUGCGGGCUGGCUCAAGGUUGGUGUGGCGUACAUAUCCAUCUCCAUCUCCAAGAACAGCACAGUGGAUUCUGUCAUUAAGGAGGUCCUCACUCAACUGGGAAGACAGGACGAAGACCCAUCCAGCUUCAGCCUUGUGGAGGUUUACAUGGGCAGUAAGCAAGUUCAGAGACAAGGGCUGACAGGCCAGGAGCUGCUACUGUACAAACUGCAGGAGAUAAGGAAGAUCUCCCUAAGGCAGAUGAACCAGACCCGUUUCUACAUAGUGGAGAGCAGGAAGCAAGUUGUGCAGGUCAACCUGCUGCUGGAGGGACUGCCUGUACAACUGAGCAAGGAGGAAUAUACCAACCUGCUACAGGAGCACUUAGCUAUCAAAAGUCAUUUGGUCACCAUCACACAUGUUUACGGGAGCCAAGGUGCAGUAGUGGUGCAGAUAUCGUGCUUCUCUGAGGCUGAGAGGAUCUACAUGUUAGCCAAAGACACGUCUGUCAGCAACCAGCAGCUGACCUCCCUAGUCAUACCAGAGAUCAUGCACAACAAGUUGCCCAAAGGUGGCUCGCCCCUACUGGUGUUUGUCAACCCCAAGAGCGGUGGGCUGAAGGGCCAAGAGCUUCUUUACGGCUUCCGGAAGCUUCUCAACCCCCACCAAGUGUUUGACAUGACCAACGGGGGACCGUUGCCUGGACUGCACACGUUUAGAGAGGUACCCCGCUUCCGGGUUUUGGUGUGUGGGGGAGAUGGGACGGUGGGCUGGGUCCUGGGGGUCCUGGAGGCCAUCCGACACAAGCUGGUCUGUCCUGAGCCCCCCAUUGGUAUUGUCCCACUGGGCACAGGUAAUGACCUGGCGCGGAUCCUGCGCUGGGGGGCGGGCUACAGCGGAGAGGACCCCCACCACAUCCUUGUGUCUGUAGACGAGGCGGAGGAGGUGCAGAUGGACCGCUGGACCAUCCUGCUGGAUGCACAGGAAGUCACAGAGGACGGCAAGGAGAACGGCUUCCUGGAACCACCAAAGAUAGUGCAGAUGAACAAUUAUUUUGGUCUGGGCAUCGAUGCUGAGCUCAGUUUGGACUUCCACCAUGCCCGUGAAGAAGAACCAGGAAAGUUCAACAGCAGGUUCCAUAACAAAGGUGUGUACCUGAAGGCGGGUCUGCAGAAGCUGAGCCACACACGGAACCUUCACAAGGACCUUAAACUGCAGGUGGACAAACAAGAAGUGGAACUGCCCAGCAUAGAAGGCCUCAUCUUCCUAAACAUCCCCAGCUGGGGCUCUGGGGCAGACCUGUGGGGAUCAGAGGGUGACUCACGCUACGGGAAACCACGCAUUGACGAUGGCAUGCUGGAGGUGGUGGGGGUGACCGGGGUCGUGCACAUGGGCCAGGUGCAGGGUGGCAUGCGUUCUGGGAUCCGCCUCGCCCAGGGCAACUACGUACGUAUCACAGUGACCAAGCCCAUCCCUGUGCAGGUGGAUGGAGAGCCCUGGAUCCAGGCCCCUGGAAAUAUCAUCAUAUCUGCAGCAGGCCCAAAGGUACGGAUGCUGAGGAAGUCCAAACACAAACAGAAGAAGCAGCCUGCCAGCCUGAAAGAGAGGCGAUCCGAAAGCCCUUCGUCCAGCGAUGGGGGACACUGAUGCCAACCCCCCCCAACACCUGCUCCUUGGUGUCACCAUGUGAGCAUGGUGGCCUGUUGGCUGCUCUAAACAGCUGUGGCAGGGGCCCGUGUGCCCCAUAGGCUCUCAGAUGGUUUGCGUAGCUAGCACUGUCAUCUCCUGGAGUGUUACAUUGAUAAAGGAGGAGAUAUCACAAGCAUUUAACAGUCCCUCUCAUUCUCAUCUUACUGCUGAUCAAUUUCACCUCUGUUGGGUUCGGUUGCCCCAGUUAAGAUCAUUCAGAUCAGCUUCCUGUCUGAUUUGUUAGUUUGUUUUAUUUUUGCAGUCCUUCAGAGUUGGUGUGGCCUGGCAUUUAUCGAAGACAAAUACAUUGUAACAAUUGGCCGUGGUAUUAUCUGGUACUAUAGCAUUUGGUACCAGGUGGUUACAAUGAGUCCCCAAGAAACCGAGAGGUGUUUAUGGACAACAUGUAAUUACUGUGUUACCGUGUAAUAUCAAAGUAAAUACCAGACGGUAAAAUAAAGUGUAAUUGUUGCUUUUUUAAAGUUCAGACAUCAAGCUGCUUGCUGGAUUAUAGUCAAAUAGUCUACUACUUGACAAAUGACCUACUACUUGACAAAUAGGCUACUACUUGACAAAUAGGCUAGUACUUCGCAAAUAUUCUACUACUUGACAAAUAGUCUCUUACUACUUGACAAAUAGUUUAGUACUUGAUAAAUAGUUUAGUAUUUGAUUUGACAAAGUACUAGUAUUAAUGUAAAACCACAACUUACCAAAGUAAAAAUGCUUACGUGUAGUAUAUUAGAGUGAAAAAAAACUCACUAUUUGCCUAAAACCCCACUAGCCAUUCAAUAACAAUUCUAGGAAGUGCAUGUGAGACAUUGCAUGUUAUUUGAUACGUACAUGUUUCAUUCAGUUGUAAUACUUUGAGGAAAAUCGAUAUUCCAAGUGGAGACUUACGACAGUAGCCUCAGAAAUAUGCACAUCCGCACAGACAAACACACUCCCAUCUUAAUAUUCAGUUAGUGCAUACUCAAGUCUGUUGCCAAGUUCCUCCUAUUGUUUAUAACCUCUCUCUGUAGCAGUCACCCUCGCUGCAGAAUAAGUAUUCACCUCACUUAAUGCCUCACAAAUGUAUUCCAAACAUAAGUAUCAUUGUGUUUGAAUGGAAUCAUAACUUGAAUGUUGCACUCCAUUCGUUGUUUUACAUAUCUCUGUUGCUGCUCAUUUUUUUGUAGCUGAUGGAAUGAAUGCAGGGACGAGACCACCAGCCAAUCCUAAAUAUGCAUUAUAAACUAGAGUGACUUGUGUUGUAUUUCUCCAGUCAUUUGCUUGGCCUGGAGGUCAUGUUUCAUUCAUAGUAGAGAUGGUACGCCUGAGUACCUGUUCUCUUGUUGUCAGCACUUCGUCCGCAUUCCUGUUGAUGUAGAAUUUACAAGAAAUGCAUUCAUGAAAUGACUCCUUCAUUUGAAGGAGGAUCUCAUUUUUUACACUCCAGCACGUGAUGUCGCUGGAACAGUAUUUGAUUGAUUCUAAGUUGACUCACUUUUGUGACUUGGUGCUAGUGUGUAGCAAAACGUUUGAAUCUUUCACUCCACUAGCCGUUUCAAGCCCUAUUCAAUCAAAACUGGGAAGCUGGUGUUGUGGUUGAGUCAGAAUCUGCAGUCCUUUUAUGCAGUCUGAAAGUAUUUGUGAAAGCACAGUAUUUCCAAGUUGCAUUGACAGCUAACUGGGCUUGAAUGAAUAGGGUCCUAGACAGUUGGGUCCUCAUGGCCCAGAAAACACAACCACUGUGGUGAUUUCACCUGUGGUUCCUCAUUGGCUGUGUUCCAAUCAUCGUAAUUACUUUCUUUCCUUGUCUCUUCUCCUUCCUGAACACUAGUAAAUGAAGGGCUUGAAUAGGUACUCACCAUAUACCAUAGAGACUUAUGACAAGGACAUGAACCCAUUUUAAACUGAGGGGACACAGCUAUUGUGUUGUGAAAUGCAUGUACCGUCAACAGCCUGUGUAAAAGAAAAAACGGGAGUAAACAUAGUGAUGUUUUUAGCUGUUUAGCUCUAAUAUGAGAAUGUCCAUGUGUAUUCCAUUUAGAGGCAUAAAGUGUUUCUGUGUAUAGGAGUAUGUGAAGACAAGGAUUGGUUUUAGAUCAAUAAGUAUCUUUGGUAUCCGUCUUUGGUGUCAGUGGUCAGCUCUGUUCUGCAGUGCUCAUUGGGAUAGACUGUCUUUUACAACCAUUGCUGUGAUGUUUUGUCACACCAUAACUCCAUCACCAAAAACAAUCCACUCCAAAGAUAAUGCUCCAAUAGGAAUGCCCCAUUCACCCCUCUUGUAAGACGGAAGAAUGUCCACACCAAGGGAUGAUUUGAAUAUACAUGGAAGAAGUGAUGACUGAUUGCUGGCAAAUGCAUCAGCACACAGUUUGAUGGCUAUCAAUCAUAACAUUUUUGUGUUUGCCCUAAAAAAGUGCCAUUAUUUUAAUACACUUUAUUUCUCCUCAAUGUUGCCGCACUGAAAACUCCAUAACAGCAUUGCGUCAAUGCCCAAGGUACUGUUUUGUGUUGAAUGUCGCUUAUGUGUAUAUCGUAGUAAGUUUACAGCUUCUGCAUCAUUUGUGCCUGUUGCUGUGCGAUGAACCUUCAGGCCAAAGUGUCGUUCUGUGUUGUCAUUAGACCUAACCUCCACGUGGUGCCUCAUUCCAGUGCUUCUAGAACCUUGGUGGUAUUACCUGUGUGUCAAAGUGUUUAACAUGAUGUGUGGUCCUCUCCUGCUGGUGCAGUGAUUGAAUAUCUUCAUCUAGGCAUUUUUAGACCAUUUUGAGCUAAUGUGCCUAUAGAUGACUUAUGUUGUCAAUUCUGUGUUUUUAUUUGAUUUGCCGUAAUAAAGGUAUUUUACGUUUUUACCAAGUCUAAAUAGCAGUUAAAAGCUAAAUGAAUAAAUAUGUAUAUUUUUGCAGACAAAAGCUGUUUUUAGUUUGAACUGUAAAUUGCACUACAGGGUGACGGUAUUGACGGUAUUGUUUUACAGAUGCUUUUAGGUGUUAAGUUUGGUUACUCUGAUGUUUAAAAAACUAAAUCUAAAGAUAUAUGUGAAAAUAACUAAAGAUAUAUGAAAAGAUUCUGUGUAACAAUUGUGUCCAGUUAAAAUAAAAUCAAGAAAUGGGACAUCUUA